AUGGCACUAACAUCAGCUACUAAGGAAGCUAUCUGGUUGAAGGGAAUCUGUGAAGAACUAGGUUUUGAUGCAGGGGCAGUUAUGAUUCACUGUGAUUCGCAAAGUGCUCUGGCCUUAGCUAAGAAUGCAGUGCAUCAUGAACGAACUAAACACAUUGCUACUAAGUUUCAUUUCAUUCGGGACAUUGUAGCAGAUGGGAUUAUCAAGCUCUAUAAGAUUCAUACUAGCCGUAAUCCAGCAGACUUCUUAACUAAAGCCUUACCUGGGCCUAAGUUUGAGCUCUGCCGGGAUUUGGGAUUUCUUGUUCAGAAAAGGUUUUCAGCGAGAAGAGGUAAAGAUCUGAGUUCAGGGUUUCAGAGUUUUACCUGGGGAUUUCUUUUGAGCAGCUACGGAGCAGUGGAUCUGUUUCACGGGAAGUUGUUGAGAAGAAUAGAGGAAGUCGAGAAGCUACGGAGCUUCUUGCAUGUCACCGGAUCUCGGCAAGCACGAGGAAUCGGCCAGUGCUUAGUGCGGAGGCUGAUAAACCUCAAGAAGAUACUUGCAGAGACUGGUGGUCGGCACCGUCAGCGGAAGCCGGAGCUCAUCGGUUCAAGUCCGAUUGGAGCAGUCGUCUUCACUAUCGCGGAAAGACAGAGAGAAGCAGCUAGGGUUCGAGAUUCUCGGAGUUGUGUCCGAAUAGGUGGAGAUUGUAAAUUUGGAUUCAGACUAACUCCUAAUGGGCUUGGCCCAGACACUUCGAGAAUUCGUCUUAGGCCCAAGACGGAACCCAACCCCAGCUGA